UCAACGACACUAGCGACAAUUCUUGGAUUUAUCUAGUAUAUGUACGGUAAUCUGUUGGCUACUCUGGAUUUUACUUUGAAAUUUAAUUAAAUAAAAGAAGAUUGUUUCUAGAAGUGUGCGAUCAUAUCUUUACCGAUUUUAUAUGGAGUUCAUCUACCAAAGAUAGAUAAAUGAAACUAAGUGAAAAAAAUAAGAUAUAUAGUAAAGUUUCAAAAGGAAAAAAUCUGUGUCGCCAUGUGGUUAGAAGAAUGUGAUAGUUUUGCUGAAUUAUGUCGGGGCUAUUUACCAUAUUAUUUAUUAAUAGUCUUGCCAAUUUUUAUUAUUAUCUCUCCAGUUAAUCCUGUAACAGCAUCACAUGAAUUUCCAGUCUAUCGUAUGCAUCAACAUGAUUUACACGGAAUACCGCAUGGCUGCAGAAGUGCUUCCAUUUCAUUGGAAGCAAGAUCGCUUACUGGAUGGAGUACUUCUAGACAUUGUGUUAUUACUAAAGCGUUAGAUCUUACACCCAGUAUGUUUCAAUCUAUUAAGAUCAAAGCUGGAGCUUUAGUGAUCAUUUUACCUGAGAAAUUAAAUGAGUUAACAUUGGAUGAGAAAGAACAUAUUAUGAAUUUAGAAAAAGCUAUGCUGUCUGACACAGAAACCCCAAUUGCUGUUUAUUUUGCAACUUGGCAUCCAGAUCUUCAAAGAAUUUUAGAUGAUAUUACAGAUGGAUCUAUGACAGAUGAAAAAUCUCAUUCUGCAGCAGAAGCUAUAUUUAAUUCAAUUUCUGCUAGUGGUUAUCAAGUAGUUGUUGCAUCUGGUCAACCUAUGGUUAGAAAUGAUGCAAAAGUGGCUAUAUUACAUGGAAAAUUAACAGGAACUGGAGCAGAAGAAAAGUUACCUACUAUAGCUAUAGUUACACAUUAUGAUAGUGCGAGCGUAGCACCUGAAUUAUCUUUUGGAGCAGACAGUAAUGCAUCUGGAGUGGCGAUGUUAUUAGAAUUGGCUAGAUUGUUCUCUGCGUUGUUCUCCGCUGGACGAUCGAGACCUCACUACAAUCUUGUUUUCAUUGCUACUGGAGCAGGAAAAUUAAAUUAUCAAGGUAGUAAAAAGUGGUUGGAAGAUCAAUUGGAUGGACUUGAAGGAUCUGUUAUUCAAGAUGCAGCCUAUGUUAUAUGUCUUGACACAGUUUCUGCAACAAAUAAUCUCUAUGUGCAUGUCUCGAAACCACCAAAAGAAAAUUCCUCUGGAGGAAUGUUUUAUAAAGAAUUGAAAUCAGUAGCAGAUUCUUUGAAUACAGUACGUGUUGAAGGCGUACAUAAAAAAAUAAAUCUUGCAGAAGAAACAUUAGCUUGGGAACACGAAAGAUUUAGCAUUAGAAGAUUGCCAGCAGCAACAUUAUCCACAUUGAAAAGCCAUGAAGAUCCUGCCAGAAAUACAAUUUUGGAUAUAAUGAAAGAAGGACAAAUCGAUAGAUUGUAUAAACACACUCAGGUGAUUGCAGAGGCAUUAGCAAGGCAUAUUUACAAUCUAAGCUCUAACCAUAUAUUUGCGGAAUCUUUGGAGGUAUCUAAAGAAUCAUUAUCUUUAUGGUUUACGUACUUGGCAUCUCAACCAAGAGCUGCUCCAUUAUUAGUUGAUAAAAAUAAUAUAUUGAUUGCUACGUUGAAAGAAUCUAUGUCACGAUAUCUUGGAGAUGUUAAAAUCACACUUCAUGGUCCUGAUAAACAGGACCCAGAGUUUAUAUUUUAUGAUGUUACUAAAGCAGUGCUAAAUGUAUACAGUGUAAAACCAGCUGUUUUUGAUCUUUUCCUUACUGUUGCCAUUGUCAUGUAUCUAGGAUUGUUAUAUGUGAUUGUACACAACUUUCCACGUGCUUAUUUCCUAGCAAUUAGACUUUCUACAAAAGGCAAGUCAUCUUAAGCUUGAUCAUGAUUCUAGAAUGCCAAAGCAAUAGUCACAAACAUUUAUUUAUAGAAAAAGUUCAUCGUUAGCAAUGUUCUCCAAAAAUGAGAUACAUGUACUUUUGAUAAAAUAGCUUGAAAAAUUAUUGAAUAAAAUUAAGAUGGAACGCAUAGAAGAGAUAUACAAUUUUAUCAUCUGUAUGAUACUGUGCAUUUAUGAGAUUCAUAAUUUUGGUUUACUUAAUUUUCUUUUGGCAAUUCAGAUACUUACAUAAACUUGGAGAAAAAAGGAAAAAGGGCAGAGAUUUUGUGUUGUAUAUACGUGUGUGUUACUUAUUAAAAUUAAAUGAAAUAAAUUAUGAAGUCUGCUACAAUGAGAGCAUAUAAAAAGAAUAUAAUUAACUCAAUUAUAUAUCCUAGAAUACUAUUCCUCAAAAUUAGAGGAAUAUUAUAACAAUGGAAUAAAAAGAAAGGAGAUUAUCGUGA